UUUCUAGUUUGACAUAUCGUGGAAAUUAAAAAGCACGGCUCCUUAUAGCAGGUUCACUCGCAUAUUCCACAAAAAUGGGCGAUCUAUCAAAGGCUGAAAAAGGUUUUCUCAUGCGAAAGCAUGAGCAGACAAUGAAGCUGCGCGCCGAAUUUUUGAAGAAUUCUUCAAAUCCCUUCCGUCAUGCCACAGGUGAAGGUGGCACUUUGUUUGAUGCCGGUUUGUCUCGUUUCCAAGCCAUGCGAGUGAACUACUUUGAACACUUCAAGCCCACUGGUCAUGCAUUCCGUAUUGGCAUGGGUGUUGUGGUUUUGCCUAUCGCUCUAUAUGCUUGGGCCAUGAAGGCAGAACGCGAUUGUAGGGAACAACAAUAUCGCAAUGGUGAAGUUGCCUACAAAGAUCGUCUAUUUAAAUUCAUUUGAACAGUUUUUUUCUUAUUGUUAACUUAUUUCGAAUGGAAGUGUUCGUUACAACAAGCAAGAAGAAAAUAUGGAAUAAAAUAAGUGCAUUGACUAGUUUAA